AUGUUUGCUCGACUCGCUGUUCAGCUCAUAACCGUCGCUGUCCUCGCUAUCUGCUCGACUGCGUCUCCUUUGGCUUCAAAGCCUGCCUCUGCACUCGGUGAGGGGAAUUUCCUUGGCAUUGCUCGAGAUCCUACCCAUUCAGAAACUCAUGUUCCUUUCCUCACAGCUGCUCGAACUGACCACUCCUUCGAUGGUUUCAAUGGUAUCUCCUCUCUAGACAACUUUGACAAUUUCUACGGCGUGGGCAACUUCCACCAUGCUGUCUUCGACCAGGUCGUUGUCCAUGACCAAGAGGUUGUCUGCCACACUGAGGCUGUAGAGAUCAUACAGCAACGUCUUGUCGUGCUUCAGGAGAUGGCUAAGAGGAUUAUCACAGAACAAAUUUGCGAAGUCGAGACUCAGACAGUUGUCUUCUCCCAAUUCCAUGCUUCACUUGGUACAUUCUACGACGACCUCAGGCGUCACUCAAGCCAUCAAGUCGGAUUCGACGACAAGGUCGUCGGCAAGUUCCCUGAUCUUGUUCAAUCUGACGGAUCUCUUUCCACAAACGAUCUCGGUUUCACUGGCUCAGAUGUUGGAAGCAACACUGUCGUACCCACCGGCAAUAACUGGGACGACACUACUUCCCCUGAUUCCGUUGAUUCAGCAUAUUUUGCAGCUCAGAGCGCACAGUUUCAAUGA